ACUCUAUUACCCACAAUCCUCUUCACUCUUCCUUAGACUCAUGUGUAGCGGAAACAUGGCAGCGGGCGUCUUAAGUGGAGUAAGGCAGGUUCUCCGGGGCCCUCGGUUGCUCUCUGCGGUGUUCUCGUGUCACGGACAAACAUUCAGCUCCGCAGCAGCUGCAGUCAAAUCAGCGCCAGACACCGCUGUCACAGAGAAGAUCCUGAACUUCCCGCUCACUCAGCCGGAUUAUUUCCACUUGUCUGAGCUCUUCACUAUGAAGGACCUGUUUGAAGCCCGGGUCCAUCUUGGACACAAGAAAGGCUGCCGGCAUAGGCUGAUGGAGCCAUAUCUGUUUGGUUCUCGUCUGGAUACAGACAUCAUUGAUCUGGAGCAGACAGCAGAACUCCUCCAGCAGGCGCUGAACUUCACGGCUCAUGUUGCGUACCGUGGCGGCAUCAUCCUGUUCGUCAGCCGCAGGCGGCAGUUCGGUCACCUGAUAGAGACGACGGCGCGAGAGUGCGGCGAAUACGCUCACACACGCUACUGGAAGGGCGGCCUGCUCACCAACGCUCCCAUCCAGUACAGCCCCGGCGUCCGGCUGCCGGACCUCAUCAUUUUCUUUUCCACGCUCAAUAACGUCUUCCAGCAGCACGUCGGCAUCCGAGACGCAGCCAAAAUGAAUAUUCCCACAGUCGGGAUUGUGGACUCUAAUUGUAACCCCAGCCUCAUCGCAUACCCAGUGCCAGGCAACGAUGAUACUCCUGUGGCCAUGGAGAUGUACUGCCGGCUGUUUAAAAUGACCAUUAAUAGAGCAAAGGACAAGAGGAGGCAGAUGGAGCUUCUUAAGGGUAUUUCAGCCUCAGUAUGAAGCAGGUCAAUGAGAGUUUGUGUGUCUGUUGUCCUCACAUAGAAAGUUCAGUGGAAAUAUGUAACUAAACAAAAGAAACUGCAGUUAAAAUUCACAUGUAUUAUUGUGAUUAAAGUUCAGUAUCUAAAAUCUUGAAACACGUGACAAUCCUAGAACUAUGGAAGGCCAUUUUCACCUUGGAAUAAAAAAAGGUAAUUGCAACUUUAUAUCUCACAUUUGUGACCGUUUGUUCUUUUCUUUUAUUAGAUUUGUAUGAUAUAAACUCAGAAAUGUGAGAAAAAGAUAAAAUUCUAAGGUUAUAAUCUCACAUUUCUGAGUUUGUAUCCUGCAACUCAAUCUUUUUCUCUGAUUUCUCAGUUUCCAUCUUGACAUUCAAAAAAAAAAAAAAAGGUAAUCACUCCUUUUUAUCUCACAAAUCAGACUUUUCUUCUCAGAAUUAUGCAUAUCUUGCUAAUCUGAUUUUUUUUCUCACAAUCUUGAGAUAAAAGUAUUGUGAAACAUAAACUCACAAUUGUGAGGCACGGCAGGGUAUAUUUUCAUUUAUUUCUUGUUAUGUGUACCCAAUAAAGUUAUACAAAUCCA